AUGGCUGGUUAUGAUACUCCCGAAUACCAUGCAUAUCAGACAGAUGUGAAGGAUGGACGUGUUCGCUUGCCGCUCUGGGAUCACAAUGCACAAGUUACGAUCCUCCCUGGGGAGAUUUAUUGCCGUGUGGCCUUUUGCGGCCAUACCAAUAGCCCCUCCUCCUCUACCAACAACCUGCGUAAGCAUGUUAUGCGCGCCCACCCUCACCUAAAUGUUACUCCGGGCAAGAAUGGCAAAGUCCCUAAUGCCGACAUCAUGGCUGCAAACCGCUUUUAUUCGUCUUUAUACCCCAAUGGGGUCAACAAUCGCAAUGCCGAUGAUAAGAAUUCUAGUACAAAUGUAAAACAAAAGCCCACCACUCAGGCUCGAACUCUGUAUUUAUCGACCCCCCCUCCAGCCAGCCCUCUUGACCCCGAGGGGCUCCUGCCCUUGCCGAUGAAGAAUGGCGAGGUUGAUUUUGCUGCUGUGCGCAAGGUUGGUAUUAAAAAGAGUGGUAAGAGAGCACCUUGCAACAUGUGCCGUAAGAAUAAGACUACCUGUGGCAGCACGGAUGUUUGUGAGUUCUGGGACUAUUUUGAGUUGCCUGAGGAGGAGGAGGAGGAAGAAGAAGAAGAAGAAGAGAAUGAGGAGGAGGAUGAGGAAGAUAAAGGGGAGGGGGAAGGUGCUAACUAG